AUGCCAAUGGGGUGCGGCUGGGCCUGCUCCCCAGCGCGCGCCAGCACCAGCGGCGGCCCCUUGGCCCUCGCCACAUGCGCUGCAGCACGCAGGCACCAGCAGCAGCGGCACCAGCAGCAGCACCAGCAGCGCCGCAGCGUGGCGGCGCAGGCGAAGAGCACCGCAAAGGAGAUGCUAGCAGUCGCGCCUGAGAACAGGGCCGAGGUGGCUGUCAUCCUUGACCUGGCGGAGCAGGCAGCCAAGGGCUGGAGCCUGACUUGGAGCCGCUUCGUUUCGCCGCCAGUCGCAGCGGACGCCCUCAAGGCGAUCGGCCAGUUGGCAGAGGUGUCCGCUAUCGCUUGGGGCGGGUACCCUCAGGCCGAGCGCUGCAGGAUUGUCAUCGGGCGGGACGAGCUCCUGUCGGCGGCGCAGGCCGAUCCCUCGCAGCUGGAAGGAGUGGCCGCCCUGGACAUAAGGGGCAACUUCAUGUUUGACCCCGCCAACCACCGCGACUUCCUUGGGGCACUGGUCGGCACUGGCAUCGUGCGUGAUCGGAUCGGCGACAUUCUGGUGCAAGGGGAGGGCGGGGCGCAGGUGCUGGUGGACGCUGAGCUGGCGGAGCACUUUGAGGCCGAGCUGACUCAGGUACGCUCGGUGCCGGUGGAGACGCGCCUUGUGCCGCUGCAGGAGCUACGCGUGCCGCCGCGGCAGGAGCAGGAAAUUAAAAGCGUAGAGGCGUCCAUGCGGCUCGAUGCGAUCGCCAGCGCCGGGUUCCGCAUGGGCCGCGGCGCCAUGGCGGAUCUCAUCAAAGGGGGCGAUGUGCGUGUCAACUGGCGGGAAGCGAAGAAGCCCAGCGUCGAGUUGAAAGAGGGCGACGUGGUGUCUGUCACAGGGCGGGGACGGCUGGAAGUCAGACGGGUGGAGAAGACCAAGAAGGAGAAGUUUGCGGUCAACAUGGUCCGCCUUGUGUAA